CUUAGUGAUAGAAAUUUGACGAAUCAAAAUAUCCCCGCUGCUUGGGGAUACAUAAACUUACCCUGUUAAGCAAGCCUCAAAAUCGGAAUUAACAAAGCGCUUUAACUGGAAUAACACACGAAAAAUAAGAGAAUAUUUUAAAACAUAGUGCAUUUUUCAAAUAAAAAGCUUUUUUGAACAUCAUAUUGACAGUGUUCACAUAGCGGUUUAUGAUUUUGACUGUUUUCGUCGAUGUUAAAAUAAAUAAAUAAAUAAAACUGACACAAGGCAAAUUUUGAAAUAAACUUUGUUCAACAUACAUGUUAUAUAUCAUUAUCCUGGAUAUUAUAUAGGCAUAAUAACGCGUGAUCGAAAUCACAAUGUAUCGCAUUACAAUACAUCUAACAUUUACUUGCAUCUUAGUGAGGAUGGCAUUUGCGGUUAACCGGACGUGUCUCGUUGGCAACGAUGCUCCCCACCCGCAGGACUUCAACAGAGUUACCGUUUGUGGCUCUCAUGAGACAUGCUACUUGGAAGAAUACGUCACGCCUAAUGGGCUUAUAAGAUUCAACGCCGGAUGCAAAGAUCAACUGCAUUGUCAAGGGUCCUCCGUGAAAUCUCCCGACAUCUCCAUUUGCAGCCAGUGCUGUAACAACGAUAUAUGCGCAGUCAGCCUUUGUGGAAGUAGCGGUUACCCCACAACGUCCGGUCCCAUAUGCUAUAGCUGCCCAUACGGCGUGGACAGCCCUGCUAUGUGCGACACAAUAGCAGUCUGCAAUAAAGAUGAGAAAUGCGGAGCAUUCCUUAACCACGCUAUGAAGUACGAAAUCGGCUGCUUACCAUCUGACCAAUGUGCUACGUCCAUGACACAAAGUACAUGUGCACGAUGUUGUUCUAAUCAAUUGUGUAACACCGGAUGUGACAAAACAAAUGUGACGUCCGUACCAUCAUGUUAUGACACUCCAGAAUGUCUGAACCUUCUGAUAUCAUUCCACGCCAACAAUAAGGACUUGUGUUCAGAGCCGAAAAUGCAACACUUCUGUAACGACUCCUGUGGGUUGUGUCCAACAACUACCGCUGCUCCCACCACGCCACACCCUUGUACUCCUAAUCCUUGCCAGAACGGGGGCACGUGUUCAAUCGGAACCGGAAACGGAAACGGAAGUGUAUUCAUUUGUACCUGCCGGAUAGGCUUCUCGGGAGACAUGUGUGACAGAGUUGACCUGUGCUUCUACCAGCCCUGCAAACACGGUACAUGCAGUCUACUGCCGGUCCAGGGAUUCAGCUGUACCUGCGAUCCAGGAUUAACCGGCAUCAUUUGUGACGAAGUGAAAAGCCCUUGUACGAGCAAUCCGUGCCUCCAUGGUCAAUGUUCAAACCAGGGGUCGUCAUACACCUGUAAAUGUGAUGUCAACUAUGUAGGCAAACAGUGCAAUGUUUUGGUGCAGGAUUGUAAGACAGCGCUAGACUACAAUACUACAAGUACAUCCAAUGACAACAUUUAUCUGGUGUCACUGUCUAGUAGCGGUUUGUCGACGAACGUGCGAUGUGAUAUGACGACCGACGGAGGGGGGUGGACGGUUAUAAUGAACAGAGAUAAUGGACACCUGAACUUCCAAGAUAAACGAAUGAGCGAUUACGCGGAAGGUUUUGGUGACAUCCGUGGCGAAUUUUGGAUGGGACUUGAAGGCAUGCACAAUUUAACAAGGGAUGGCCGUCACUACCAGUUACGAGUGGAAUUAGUCGAUGCUUCAGGGAGGAAACUCUACCAAGUUUACGAUGACUUCUCCAUUGGUGGACUCGCAGCUUUUACCCUCCAUGUUGGGGCUAACAGAGGAACAGCGGGCGACUCACUAAGCGGGCACGAUGGCUUCGGUUUCUCGUCAAUGCUGCCUAACAUUGACCGUGACUCCAACGCAGCUAGCUGUGCUGAGUAUCUCCAAGGCAACUGGUGGUUCCAUAGUUGCGCUGACUCGUGUCUCACGUGCAAAUACGAUAUACCGGGUACCAACAACUGCCGAUCAAUGGCUUGGAACUCUGUCGCAUAUUGCCAGUCUUUACGAGAGGUGAGGAUGAUGGUCCGGCCAAUGUAACAGACACAACUUCCCGGCCAUUUUCGCUUCAGUUCGGAUAUGGCCUACGUAAAAUCGCAACAUCUCGACAAUUUCCGUAUGAGUUCGGAUAUGCCUUUUGUUAAAAUCACAACAACUUUGACAUUGUAUUAUAUUGUGUGUUUAUCAAGGUUAAGAUUAUGUUAAAGAUCAAAGAUGUUCUUGUUUGAACGUUGAGUUGAAUACAAAGUUUAUAUUAAUGUGCUACAUUAUUUUAAUGAUACAUACAUUAUUUCGUUAAACUCCUCUUUUUUUAUAAAUGUCUUAUGUUUCGAAACAGGUUUUUUUAAAUACAACAUCAUCAAUAUUGUUUCCCCUACUUUACAUUUUUGGCUAUUUUUAUAUUUUCUUUUGCAAAAUUUUGAAUGAAAAAGAACGGAAACGAUUAGCAACAUUGCCUAACAAAUAUUCUACAUUUGAAUCAAUCAAUAAAUUAAUCAAUCAAUCAAUCAAUCAAUCAAUCAAUCAAUCAAUCAAUCAACAGUUUUUAUUUAAUCGCAACAAAUGCUAGAUUGCUUUUAUCACAUGCCAAAUUUGUCGCCAGUUAUAAAGAAUUAAUGCAUUUUCCUGAGGACAAGUUCACGCUAUAUAAGUUGGGCGAAAUGACGUCAUUUCAAGUUCUAUCACAUUUGAAUAAUAACAUUUAAAGAAACUUCUUUUCUUUAUAAAUAGCAAGCGUUCUUGUAUCAAAAUAGUUGUUACAUUGACCUGACAAUUAAAAGUGCUGAAUCGCAUAUCUGUUUUGUAU